UUCAUGAUGUUAACAGUGGUUAUUUCCACGUAAUGGAAACAAGUGAUUUUCAUUUUUGCUUACUUGUAUUUUCUAUUUUCUAAUGACAAAGUCGGGGGGUUUCUAUACAAAACAAUUCCUCUACUAGUUCAAUUAUCAGGCAUUUCUAGGUAUAGAACAAACACUGCGGGAGGUGUCCCUCUAGUGGAUGGAGGGAUUUUUAAAAAUAGUUUAUUGUAUUGAAGUCUUUGGGAGGCAACCAGAGGUCUGAAGUUAGUAAAUGAUUCUGCUUAUUCCACAGCCACUGCACUCCAGCCUGGGCAACAUAUCAACACCCUGUCUCGGGAAAGAAAAAAAAAAAUUAAAAGAGGGAUGGGGACUAAUCGCAAAAGGAAGGGCCAAAAACCACCCUAGGAAACAGCUUGAGGCUAGGGUGCCAGGGGAUGUGGAACCUCAAAAGAGACGUGGAUGGAGCCUGACAUCUGCAAGCUACACCGAUAGGGAGCGCCAGCCCCUCGAGGUGACUCUAUGAAUCUUCGGCUCCACUCGGCUCUUCCUCGGCUGAGUUCGGCCGACGCUUGCCUUCUCAGGCUGGGCUCUCUUCGGCUUUCUGAGAGCGCUCCUGUCCUGGCCUCGGCUCCUCUUCGGCUACGUUCGGCCAACGAUCGUCUCGGUCUCGGCUCUCCUCGGCUACGUUCGGCUGGCUGUCGUCCUCUCGGACUCCGCUCUCUUCGGUUGAGUUCGGCCUGCUCUCGUCUCGGAGUUGGCUUCCUUCGGCUGCGUUCGGCUGCGACCCGGAAGAGCUUCCAUGGAGCCAGGGCUACUGGCUCGACGGACUGCGGUAGCGCCGUGGCUGGAGUGCGAGCGGCAGCUGGUGCUGGAACUGCUCGACACUGACGGGCUAGUAGUGUGCGCCCGCGGGCUCGGCGCCGACCGGCUCCUCUACCACUUUCUCCAGCUGCACUGCCACCCAGCCUGCCUGGUGCUUGUGCUCAACACGCAGCCGGCCGUGGAGGAGUAUUUUAUCAAUCAGCUGAAGAUAGGAGUUGAACACCUCCCUCGCCGUGUAACAAAUGAAAUCACAAGCAACAGUCGCUAUGAAGUCUACUCACAAGGUGGUGUUAUAUUUGCAACAAGUAGGAUACUUGUGGUUGACUUCUUGACUGAUAGAAUACCUUCAGAUUUAAUUACUGGCAUCUUGGUGUAUAGAGCCCACAGAAUAAUUGAGUCGUGUCAAGAAGCAUUCAUCUUGCGCCUCUUUCGCCAGAAAAAUAAAUGUGGUUUUAUUAAAGCUUUCACAGACAAUGCUGUUGCCUUUGAUACUGGUUUUUGUCAUGUGGAAAGAGUGAUGAGAAAUCUUUUUGUGAGGAAACUGUGGCCAAGGUUCCAUGUAGCAGUAAACUCAUUUUUAGAACAGCACAAACCUGAAGUUGUAGAAAUCCACGUUUCUGUGACACUUGCCAUGCUUGCUAUGCAGACUGCUAUACUGGACAUUUUAAAUGCAUGUCUAAAGGAACUAAAAUGCCAUAACCCAUCGCUUGAAGUGGAAGAUUUAUCCUUAGAAAAUGCUAUUGGAAAACCUUUUGACAAGCUGGUGUUGCGAAUCAACGCCAUUUAUGAGGUCCGGAGAGGAAAGAAACGGGUGAAGAGGCUGUCCCAGUCAAUGGAGAGCAACUCAGGAAAAGUGACAGAUGAGAACAGUGAGUCUGACAGUGACACAGAGGAGAAGCUGAAAGCUCACAGCCAGCGCCUGGUCAACGUGAAGUCCCGCCUGAAGCAGGCGCCUCGGUACUUGCCCGGGAGCUCAUCGAGUACCAGGAGAGGCAGCUCUUUGAGUACUUUGUGGUUGUGUCUUUGCACAAGAAGCAGGCUGGGGCUGCCUACGUGCCAGAACUCACCCAACAGUUCCCUCUGAAGGUAACAGGGUGGCCAGGUCCCUGUGGCCUGCCAGGGUUCUAACCAUCAUCUUGUUGGGACUCAUGAAUUCAGGGAGUUGUGGGAGUCUGAGGAACACCUAGCAUCUAGAAUCUUGAAAAUGGGUCCUAAUUAGGGUAUAUCAGAUGAAAAAAAAAUGCUGCUGCUAGAGAAUUUGGGAGGUCCCAGAAAGGAGAGAUUCAGGGACUCAAAAAGUUUGGCCAGACAAAUACAAAAAUUAGCCAUGUGUGGUGGCACAUACCUGUAGUCCCAGCUACUCAGGCUGAGA